AUGACGAAAUCCAAAGACGAGAAAGCAGAAUUGCGCUGUGUGCCAUGCUGCAUUGAAACUCUCGAGCAACGUGAUAUCCUGGUGUUCAAACUCCACCACGUGUGCGACACGCCUUUCCACAACAACCAUAUAUCUUCAGCCGAGGAGCUCAAAGCUAGCCCUUUGAGAUUCAGCUGUGAUGUUUGUCAUCGUGGUAUCUGGACGGGUUCGAGGCAUCAUUGUGGGCAGUGUCAAUCAGGGUUUGGGGGAAAUUUCGACAUAUGUGAUCCUUGUCGAACUGCUGGAAAGCAUUGUCUCGACCCAGACCACGCGUUGGAGAGCAUCCCCAUCUUCAAGUAUGGAGAUUGUGUACAUGUGAAUGCAAGAUCGUGUGGGAAUUGCGAGAAGAUUCCGUUGUUUCUGAAUGAAGGCGAAGCUACCAGAUUCCAGAUCGUACAAUUGCCGAAUUCUGACAACAGUGAAGUUGCAUUCUCGAACUGUGAUCAUUUUGUUGCGGUGUCAUACUGCUGGCCUCCACCGCAGUAUGACGGAGAGGGGACCAUUAUACAGCACAGAGGCAAAUAUUCUGUCACGGACCUUCAUGGAAGAGUCAGGCCAAACCGAGCUCCGGAAGAUGUCAUUACCAGAGCAGCUGAGUUUGCUGCUCAAAAUGGUAUUCGCCUCAUCUGGAUAGAUCAAAUAAGGAGCUCGGAAUACAGGUGA